CGCGGACAUGCGCGUUCGUCUCCUCUGCGCGAUACUUGGCGUAUGCGAAACAGCCACGAGUGCAGCCCUGUCCAGGGAACCGACCCAGUACUGCGUGGACGAGAGAAGUCUAUUCAUUAGGCGUUCUCCCCGCAAGUACGAAACGAAUGUCUCGAAUAAGUGGAAAAGAAACGUCACCAGUUCCCGCGGCGAGGAGACCCACAAACGCAGAAGCCGCGGUGCAGCUGUUGUAAGCACAUUGGAGUCUCCCAUAGUGGGUGUACCUGUUGGAGUGCCUCUCGACACUGCUCAGCAUGGAGAACACCGCGCGGAGGAACAGAACAAUGGGGGAAUGACCUUCCUCUCACCGAUCAGCAGUAACAGAAAAAAAGUGACCCUUUCCCUGAGAAAAGAAACGGUGCAACGCCAUUUCAACUGCUCCCAAUUGAACAACAUCCUAUGCAUGCAGUUCUUGCCGGAUGUCUCCAACGCCUACUUAAGAUACGUCCUCGAAAAGUUCAGCGUAAAUGAUCUACCAGUUAAGGAAAACGUUUUAUUUCACCUGACCUUGAGGUACCUACGUGAGCGUACUACCAACUGUGUGGAAGGAAAGACAAGCGAAAGGGAUUCCCAACUCAUUAACAGCAUUGAAGAUAACGCAUACAAAUUUAUUGCCGACCAUGCGAGGGUCAUAAAAAAAUGUGCAAAGAGGAAGAAGUAUGACGAGGUAGAUUUUGAACAGUGUAGGACAGAGGAGGAAAGAACAAAACAAAUCACCUCACCCCCACCAUCUCACAAUAAAAUUAUCGAUGCUUACUUAAAAAUGAGAAAAAAAUUUAAUAUAAUUUUUGUCAGCAUAAAAAGCGAAAAAAAUAUUUACAGAGUUUUUAGAAAAAUUAAAAGAAAUAUUUCUUUUUACGAUUUUUUGGAUCGACUAGCCAUUUUGUGUUUUUUCCAUCGACAUGCACAACACAGAUUUGUGCUUCACUUUUUCAAAAGGUACAUUUUCAGUCUUACGAAUGAACAAAAUUUUUUUAUCAUUAAUUUUGUGAACACGUUGGGGGGAAGAAAUCUGCUGAAGAGAUACAUGUUGAUUCCUCAUUUGACAUACCACGCGAUUUUGCACACACCUGCGGGGUUCGGUAGUUACGGGGAUGCAUUCAGGUGGAGCUUCCUGCCCGUUAAUGUGUGCAAUUAUGUGGAGAGUUACAUGAAGGAGAGAUUCUUCCUUGGGGGAGCAAGCAGGAGGGGCGUCAACAGGGGAGGACUUCACGGAGGCGGCGUCAACAGGGGAGGACUUCACAGGGGCGAACUUCACAGGGGCGAACUUCACAGAGGCGAACUUCACAGAGGCGAACUUCACAGAGGCGAACUUCACAGGGGCACACCCCACGCCGAGGCGACCUUCCUAAUCUACGCAAAUUUGCUGGACUCCCUCACGCAAAAGAGGAAUCACUACUUCCCCGAGCUGUUCCUCAAGCAAUUUUGCCUGUACUAUUCAGAAAAAAAAAACAUCCCCCACGACCACAAGUGGCACUACUUCCUCAUCACCCUGUCCUCUCUCAUGAAGGCGUACUACGUGAGGGGGAAGUUCAACACGAGGGGGAAGAUCAACACGAGGGGGAUCCACGGGAUGGGAGAUGCACACCAGGGAGCAAGCCGCCCACUUGUAAAACCCCCACUUGUAAACCGCGUUACCAUUCACGACGAAGACAUUUUCAGAGACAAAACGCACUGCUUGGCAACCUGUGGAGAAAAUCACCUGAACACUCAGGUGGUGAAUUACCUCCUGGAGGAGACCCCCCGAGGGGACACCCUCAAGCAGUACUCCCUCCUGCUCCUUCUGCAGUACGUCUUCCUACUUGAGCUAAACCUCGAGCAGGUCAACCUGGUAAGUAGAAACUCCGCCAAUUAUUUUUCCAAUUGGUUGGAGAAUAACGAGUCGGCAUCGAAGGAAAUGACAGGAGAAAACAGGGGAGCAAAAUCCACAUUUUUGAAAAAAGAAGCAACACUACCUACACAAAGGGAACGUCUCCUUCUACAAAUAACUCUCUUUUAUAAGUCGAUUUUAUCAAGUCACUGUGAGCACACAGGUGAAACCAUUUUAUUAUAUAACUACACGUUCGAGGAGCUGACCCAAUUUGUGGGGAAUUACUUAACCGACUUAGUGGAGAAGUCCUUCCAUGGGGGGAAAGAAAAUGCGGAGGAGAUGAAUAUGUGCGUUAAGUACAUCCUACCGCUGUGCAGAGUUAACCUGCGUCUUUUCUUCAUGUUGUUGGAAGCCCUAAAGGACGGUAACAAUCUACACAUGGCGAGGCACCUCUGGUUGGGAAGUCAACGCAUGGUGAGGAAUUUGCAGCCAUGGGUAAGAGAAGCCAUCGCGGGGGAGCUCCUCGAAGGUGGUGCAGAGGGAGGGGGCAGUCAAGGAAAGACCCCUCAAAGAAAGACCCCUCAAAGAGAGACCCCCCAAAGAGAGCCUUACGACAGAACGCCGAGCAACAGGGGCGACCCCCCCUUGGCCCGCGCCAUAUCAGCGUACGACGAGGUGCACAAAAUUUACAAACAAAUAACCAGUUGCUACGACAAGGCGCAUAUAAAGAAGCUGAUUAAAGGCCUACUCGCCGCUCGCAACGGAACGGAUGGGGUCCCUUCCCCCCUGCAUAUUUUUAAGAAACCCAUUUUAGCCCUAAAUUUGAAGCAGAUUUAUUUCCUCUUUGUUACUUUGAAUUAUUUCAAUUUGGAUUGCGAGAUUAUUCAGCUCUUCCGGCACAUUAUGGACAGCGCUGCAUUUCGGAAAUUUUUCUGCAGGGCCAUGUUGAAGAGGGAUAAUCAUCCCGGCGUGGGGGACCAAUACACUGAUGAGGAGGAACACGAGAUGAGCGAAAAAAUUCUGUACAUUUACUGUAAUUCAAGUUUUUGUGUAGACAGUUCUUUACGCCUGCCCGCGGGGGUGACAUGUUCGAGAAGGCUCAUGAAGCGGGUGCUCUUCUAUCGUGACCCGCUGCACAUAUUUAACCACCUGAUGAGGAAGUACGUAGGGGGAGCUACUGCCGGGGGGGACAUCGAUGGUGCCGCCAAGGAGGGUGCCGCCAAGGAGGGUGCCGCCAAGGAGGGUGCCGCCAAGGAGGAUGCCGCCAAGGAGGGUGCCGCCAAGGAGGGUGCCUCCAACGAGGGUACCCCCAACGAGGAACAAAGCGCAGUGGAGGAUAUUUCACAAAAAAUGGAAAGCAGCAAUUUUUUUCACGAAAAGACUUUGAGCAAAUUUCGAAGGAGUGCCAUUUUUAAGCAAUUUUUUGGAGAAAAAAUAUACACCUGCGUAAGUCAAAAGGAAUACACACGAAUUUUUUACAGCUUGAUGAUAUAUCUAUACAAGCACGGAUCGACAUGGCACUCCGAUGGGAGUGAAAGCAAAACGAAGCAAAGUGAAAAUAACCCCGUUAACUCAUUGCAGCAAGUCGAAUUAAUAUACCUACAUUUUUGCAUCGCAUGGAAAUCCUACUUAAAGGUCCACAAAAUGAGCAAAAUAAAUUUCCUUAUCUGUGCUAAGACAUUUUUGCUGAUGAAGGAUAUCGAAAGGUUCCAAAAUUUACUUUGCACAAACAAAAAGAUAGUGGAAAAGUACGCCAUUUUUGUGAACUCGCUUUUGAAUAACUAUCUCCACCAUUGUGAUGCUCGAAUGCAUAUGUUGGAGAGUAAUUUAAUUGCACCUUCUGAUAUGUACAUCACCUUGAGAGGUGAACUGAUUAUUUUUAACUUAAAUCACGAGCAAGUUGUGCAGAGGAUACGUCCGUUUGGGGAGUACAGCAGUCAAUGUAAAAUGACGCUGUUCAUCGAUUACAGGAAAUUAUUCCCAGACUUAAUCAACUUGCAGUUCUUUCUUAGCCUCCCCUUUUUACGAAGUCAAAAGGUGCAAUCUUUUUUUGAGGAAAAUCAAAUAACCUUAUGUGAAAAUUCUUUUUGGGACAUUACCGACCUGGUCAUAUUUUACGGGAAAUGCCUGAACAAAAGGAACAAAAUUUGGGACUUUUUUUCCCAACAGGUGAGUAAUUUUUGCAUUCAAAGGAAUAAACUCAUUAAAGACGCGUUCGUCGUUUCACGCAAGAGGUA